UGAUUGUUAAAAAUUGUUAAAUUCCGUCAAAUUUCAAGUGUUUUCUUCAAAUAAAGUCACAUUCAUCAUUAUUUUUUUUGUUUUUGCAUGUCCCAGUGAAAGUCCAAAAUCAUGGCUACGUUAUUCGAGCAGCUUGAAACUUUAUACAAAUACGAGUUAUACUCAAACGCAAAGCAAUUAGCAAAUCUCAUCCUUUCCAUUUACGAAAGCAAUCGAUUUCUGUUGACGCCCCAAGAACACUUCCAAACCCUCAUUUAUUACGCUGAGUCUCUCUACCACGAGCGGCAAUAUCGCGAAGCGGAAGGAUUUUUCCGUCAAGCACUUUGCGUCAAAAAAGUCGUGACAAAAGCCAAAGGAUCGAACAAACUGGAGCCAAGUGAUCCGCAUUCCGAGAUGGAAAUCAAGUACAAAAUCGCAAAAUGUUUAGUCGAAAACAAGCAUUUGCGGGAUGCCGUUUCGACCCUGCAAUCGAUAACGAUGAAGCAACGUACGCCGAAAGUGAAUAUGUUGCUGGGGAAACUUUUGCACAACAGCGGGAACGAUCGCACCGCAAUUGGAGCUUAUAAGGAAGUUUUGAAAGAUUGUCCGUUGGCGUUUGAAGCGAUCGAAGGCUUAAUUACGAUCGGUGUCAAGGGAAUUGACGUCAAUUCGUUGAUUUUGGAUGCUUCCGGAGCAAUUCAGUGCAGCGACUGGCUCAGCAGUUGGAUAAAAGCUCACGCCAACAUUCAUGCCCGUAAAUAUUCCGAGGCGAUUCAGACGUUGCGAGGCUUGGAAAAUAACACAGUGUUGAAAAAUUAUCAUCAAUUGCUCGUUCUCAUCGGCGAAUGUUAUUACCACAAUGGCGAAUACGAUAAUGCCUAUGCUUACCUUAGUCGAGCCCACAAUUUGUGUCCUUACAUGAAAAAUGGCAUCCAAAUUCUCGCGAUUUUGCUGUCAAAACGCAACAAAAUCAACGAUCUCGAAAAAAUGAUCGCUCCGACGUCAACUUUUCCUUAUGAAUAUACUUCGGAAUCGUGGUUCGUGAUGGCCCAAUAUCUCUUUGCGACGGGAAAAUACGACAAAGCUGUCUAUUUUGUCCAAAAAUCCUGCUUCUUAAAUCCCAAAAAUGUCGAGGCCUUGAUUUUAAAAGCACGAAUUUUGUUGCAGCUCAAAAAACACAACGAAGCGAUAUCGCAUCUGCAAUUUGCGCAACAAUUUGCUCCGUAUCGCUAUGAAGUGCACAAAGGAUUGGUCGAGACGCUGCUGAGUAUGGAAAAAUUGCGCGAAGCAUCGAGUCAAGCGUCGAAGGCGUUGCGGCAGCUGGGCGAAUCGCCGAGAUUGUUGGUUUUGUGUGCGCGAACGUAUUUGAAGGACAUCAUGUCGAAGUCGAAAGCGAAGCCGUUGUUGAUCCGGGCACUCGAGUUGAACGAAUAUUAUUUGCCGGCGGUGUUUUUGUUGUGCGAAAUUUAUCAGGAAGACAAUGAGACGGCUGAGGCAAUUAAAUUGCUGAAGAAACAGGUUUCGGUGCAGCCAAAUUGUCGGUUGUAUUCGAUGUUGGGAGACAUUUUGAGCUUUGAGAAGGAUCAAACGGGAGCUUUGGAACAUUAUACGCAUGCUUUGAAUUUCGAUCCAAAUAAUCGUCGUGCAUUGACUGGCUUAAUGGCACUCGGACACACAACAGGCGGAAAUCUAGAUUCAUCUUACGCAACAAUUUCCGAAAACGAAGAAGGCAACGAGAUGCAAGAAAAUCCCUUAGAAAUGAUUGAAAUUCCUCACAAUGAUCCCGAUCCGGAAAGCGAAUCUGAUGUAAUGUGGUCCGAUGUUGAGAUUGAUAACAUUAAUAAUUAAAAUAUUUUCUAUUUAUAUAUUUUUGUAGAAUGAAUUUAGCUUUUUCAAUUCAUUUGUUUAUUUGUUCGAAAAAAAGUAAAAUGAGAAUUAAAAGCAUUCCUUAAAAC